ACUGACUCAUAUAAACCAUGGAGGUUGCGUUCUUAUAUGUUUCUUUCAAAAUGCAGCAGAAUAUUGUGUUUCUUGUAUUCGGUACUUAUUCGUAAAAUACUGUACAGGGGCUGUCUAUACUAGUAUCAUACACCAUGACAAAUACCCACCUACCACCGCAGCCAAGUGCAAUCAAAGUGGUUGUACAAUUCUGAUUACCGGAGCGUCUAGGGGUAUCGGCUGAGUCACUGCUAUAUCAUCUGCUGAAGUUGGCGCGGUGGCCAUUGCUAUCGGAUCCCGAUCUUCUCAAGACGGCGUGGAGAAGGAGAUUAUGCAAGAAGCAGUUCAAGCUGGCCAUCCAGCACUUCAGGUCCUCAAGCUCAGCGUCCACAUUUCCGAUGAGAAAAGCGUCACCAGAGCGUUGUCCGAAACAGGGGAAAACUUCGGUCGUCUCGAUAUCUUGGUGAAUAAUGCCAGGGGAAUAGUUUCCCCUUGCUGGGACAGACCCGUCGUCCUGGUGGUUUAUGUGGGAGAUCAAUGUUAAAGGCACGUAUCUGAUGACGCGAGCCUUCCUCGCUCUCCUC